UAGUUUGCCAUUUGUAGUCCUCCGUGGUUAAUGUGGUUGAUCCAAAGGCACCACAUGAUCUCAGGAGUAACACUAAAUCAGUAAAACACUAAAACCCUAUACACUCUCCUCCCUCGUUCCCUCCCUACCACCACGAAAUGGCGUUCUUCCGAGCACGCACCACCCUCCUGACCACCCUACGCCGCACCUUCUCCUCCUCCUCCUCCACACCAGUCACCGAAGCCAAACCCCCCAAAAUGUCAGACUAUCUCCUAACAAACGACCUAGCAUCCCAAAUCGGUACCUCAAUGCCAAUCUCCAUGAUGCGAAUCGGAACCCUAAUCCACAACAUCGAGCUCCGCCCCAGUGAAGGCGGAAAACUCGUCCGUUCUGCCGGCACCGUUGCCAAAAUCCUCAAAGAACCCUCCGCCACGCGCCGCGUUCUCGUCCGUCUCCCUUCUGGCGUCAGCAAGAUGAUCGAUACUCGCUGCCGGGCUACAAUUGGCUCCGUCUCCAACCCUUCUCAUGGCGCCAAGAAGCUGAAGAAAGCUGGUAAUAGUCGGUGGCUUGGCCGAAGACCGGUGGUUCGUGGUGUUGCUAUGAACCCUAUUGAUCAUCCUCAUGGUGGUGGUGAGGGUAAAAGUAAAGGGCAUUUGUCUGUUUCUCCUUGGGGUAAGCCUACUAAAGGUGGGUAUAAAACUGCUUGUCCUAAGAAGAAGAAUCGCGUCAUUUAGGAUUCUCUGUUUUUGGGGAAAUGGGAAUGUGGGUGGAUUUGCUUAGAGGCCUCUUGUGAAGUUCAAACUGGGCAUUCUAUGAGUUCUUGAUCGAUUUGCUUCUCUAACCCCUUUUCAAGUUCACCAGGUGACUGUUUCAAUUCAAUUUUAGGUAUAAAUUUGUACUUUUUUCAGCUCCGACUUUUAUGUUUUAAAUUAGUUAGUGUGAGAUGGUUUCACCCAAAUCUUACUCUUACAGAUGUAGUCGUCUCUUUUUGUCUAACACAAUGAGAAAAUUCCAUUUACUUCGCCAUAACAAACUAGGGGUGUGCAAAAAUUGGCCCAGACUGAAAAAAUGGACUGGACCGAUUAUUUGGACCGAUGAACAACCCUAAUAACAUCCCUCUACAAAUUAGAAUGAACCCUUUAUCCGGUCCAGUCCGGGUUUGCUAAUUUUUUUUCUUCUUCUAAAAUCUGUCAUUCAAUUCAUACUUAUAUGGACACAUGGAAUGUGGUUUUAUGUAUAAGUCAAGUCACAAUAGUAACUAUGUAGACAUGAUCUGAUUUCACCAUUUCCAUGACUUUACUAGGUAACGUUCACAUACGAA